AUGAGUGUGGAAAAAAGACGAGAACUGGCACUAGAGAAACGCAUGUGCUUUAACUGUUUACGCCAAGGACACUCCUUUAGAAACUGUCAAAUGAGGCCAAACUGCAGAACAGAAGGAUGUACAGCAUAUCAUCACACAUUUCUUCACGUCAGACCAAAAACAAAUGAUGAAAAACGAGCCUCCCAAAAGGAGGAAACAAAACAAAAAAUCAAGGAACCUUCAGGACAAUCAAAAGACAACAAGAAGAACCAAGAUAAGAAGGAAGUGAAAGAAAUAGAUGCGCAAGCUCCAACAUCGUCCACCUCGAAGGAACAAGAAGAUGUGCGCACUAACAUACACGCUACCAAAAGAAAUAAGGUCUACUACCAAAUACUGCCGGUUACACUUUAUGCGCAAGGAAGACAAUUAGAAACCUUCGCAUUUUUGGAUCACGGCUCAUCGAACAGUCUAAUCCUCGACGACUUGGCCAAAGAUUUAGGUUUGCAAGGGCCAGUAUCACCAUUAUGCAUAAAAUGGACAAAUGACUCCGUACACGAAGAUAACGAAAGCCAAAGCGUAUGUUUCAAAAUAUCAGGCGACAACAAAAUUCGAUACCAAAUGGAAAGUGUACGUACAGUAAAAAAAUUAUCCUUACCACGACAGACGCUUGACUACAAGGAUCUUCAUGAAAACUACAACCAUCUUAAAAACCUUCCUAUUCAAGGAUACGAGAAUGCUGAGCCGACAUUACUUAUUGGACUUGAUCAUCCCCGACUAUUAACAGCAACAAAACAGAGAGCAAGCAAAGUCGGUCCAGUUGCCGCUAAAACACCAAUAGGAUGGGUCAUUUACGGAAGGACCAACUCCCGACAUCAAGGAGAAAUAUAUUCCUGUGUAGUAGAGGAGCAAGACUCACUACGAGAAGAAAUGAGGAAAUACUUCUCAACGGAAGAGUUUGGCGUUAAGGUUAGCACCACUAACCAACAGAGCGAGGAGGAUAGACGAGCUGAAAAAUUGAUAAAAGAAACAAUGAAGUAUGACGGGAGUCAAUACGAAAUUGGCCUUUUAUGGAAACAAGCCAGGCCCAUAAUGCCAAAAUCAGAAAGCUUCAAGGGAGCAUUAAAGAGGUUAGAAUACACUGAAACUAAGAUGAGGAAAAACCCUGAGUUUGCCCAAUGGUACACGGACAAAAUUAAGGAAUACGUUGAAAAGGGAUACGCACGAAAAUUAACAGCAAACGAGAUAACACUAACAACCGAUAAAACAUACUAUUUGCCUCAUUUCGCUGUCGUAAAUCCUAAUAAAACACCUUUAAAACCGCGACUUGUAUUUGACGCAGCUGCCAAGGUACAAGGAUUAUCGCUCAACACUGAAUUACUCUCUGGUCCCGAUAACUUGACAUCGCUCUUUGGAAUUUUACUGAGAUUCCGAGAAGGAAAGUACGCAGUAGCAGGAGACAUCCAAGAGAUGUUCUCACAAAUUAAAAUACGCAAAGAGGACCAGGAGGCUCAACGAUUCUUAUGGAGGGACGGUAAGGCUUCAAAUACCAUGGGACACUACGUAAUGCAGGUAAUGACGUUUGGAGCAACCUGCUCACCUGCAUGUGCCCAAGCAGUAUAG